AUGAGGAUGUCCGCCCUGUUCCCCUAUAUAAUGAAGCGAAAAUAUAAGAUGGUCGAUGGGUGUGGUAAUCAUUAUGGAGAACAGAUUUAUCGUUUGAAUGUUGGAAGACAUUCCUCGGGGUGUAAUGAAAAAGUAUUGCUUCAUCAAAACAAUUGUCCCGCUGACAAUUGCCACGCAAGUGUGAUUGCUGUGGCCUCUGAGCGAAGGUUUUCCGUAACAUCAUUGCAAUCAACCAUGGAUGUGGAUGAAGAGCUGUGUGUUGGCUCGCCUAAAGUUUCGGAGACUAUGGAAGAGCACGAGGCUCAGAGACAGGUUAACGAUGAAGUUAGGGAUCAGCUUCCGAAGAAUAACGAAAACUACGCUCUGAAAGAAAAUAGAGCAGGCGCGAAAAAUUUAUGA